AUGGCUCUUGCCGACAAUGAGGUGAUAGACUCCCAAUUUAUAGCCGAAAAUAUUAGUUUUUUAGAUAACUGUUUUGAUAAUUCUUUUGUAUUUCAAUCUUUGCAAGUUGUCAAAGAACACACUGCAGAUCAAAAUUAUAUUGUAGAGAAAAAUAGUCGAAAGAUACGAAAGACAGUGAGUAUUGGUUCACAAAAUACUACAUUACAGUUAGUAGACCCUACGCAACAUGUACCUGAACCUAAUACAUCUUUAACUGAAAAUAGAAGAUUGAAGGACUGGGGUCUGCCCCCAGAAAUAACUAGAAAAUAUGAAGAAAGAGGAAUUACAGAGAUGUUUGAAUGGCAAGUCAAUUGUUUAAGAAACCCCAAGGUGUUAUUUGAAUGCUGCAAUUUAGUAUACUCAGCUCCAACAUCAGCAGGCAAAACUUUAGUUGCGGAAAUAUUAACUAUCAAAACCAUUUUAGAGCGUCAAAAAAAAGUUAUUAUUAUACUACCGUUUGUGUCAAUAGUGAGAGAAAAGAUGUUUUAUUUUCAAGAUAUACUGUCUACCUCUGGGAUACGGGUAGAAGGAUUUAUGGGAUCUCAAUCACCACCAGGAGGGCUACAGGCUGUACAUGUUGCUAUUUGCACAAUAGAAAAAGCUAAUAGUCUAAUUAACAAGCUCCUUGAUGAAGGUUCUAUAGCAGAGUUAGGAGCAGUAAUUGUGGAUGAAUUGCACUUACUGGGUGAUCCUAGCCGAGGAUAUAUUUUAGAGCUUCUGCUCACUAAAGUUAAGUAUGUGUCAUCUAAGUCAGAUGAUAUACAAAUACAAAUAGUAGGAAUGUCAGCUACUUUACCCAACUUAGAAAUACUUGCCAGUUGGUUAAAUGCAGAGUUGUUUAUAACAGAUUUCAGACCAAUUCCUCUAGAAGAGUAUUGUCUGGUUGGUAGUAAAUACUACAAUAAAGAAGGAAAAUGUAUUGAAAAUCUAGAUACAGCACUUACUGUAGAAGGUGAUAGUGUGUUGAACAUUUGUUUGAAUACCAUUAAAGACAGAUGUUCAAUAUUAAUUUUUUGUAUGACCAAGAACUGGUGUGAAAGUUUAGCGCAGUCUGUAGCACAGUCAUUUUACAAGUUAGGUUGUGAAGAGACUGAGGCUGGAUCUAUUUUAAGAUCACAAUUGAAAUCAGAGGCAAUAUCGGAGGUAUUAGAACAGAUGAGAAAUUGUCCUGUUGGCUUGGAUCAAGUCCUAAAGAAAACAAUAUCAUUUGGAGUUGCUUAUCACCAUGCUGGCCUCACAUUUGAUGAAAGGGAUAUUGUUGAAGGUGGCUUUAAAUCUGGGGCGAUAAGAGUAUUAGUAGCUACCUCUACAUUAAGCUCUGGAGUUAAUCUACCAGCAAGAAAGGUAAUUAUAAGGUCACCUGUAUUUCAAAGACAACCCAUAAAUAUUUUAACUUAUAAACAAAUGAUCGGUCGAGCAGGAAGAAUGGGUAAAGACCUAAAAGGUGAGAGUAUUAUUAUUUGCUCUGAGGCAGAGAAAAAGGUUGGGUUUGAAUUAAUGAUGGGUUCUCUUGCUCCUGUCAAGAGCUGUAUUGAGAGUGAAGACAAAUACAUGAGAGCAGUUCUAGAAAUGAUAGCAAGUCAAGUUUUGUCUACAAAGGAACAGUUAGAUUUGUAUUCAAAAUGUACUUUGCUGUAUAAUCAGCAAGAUGCCCAACCCACGAAUUUUCUUUUGGAGAACACUUUAGAUGAAUUGAAAAACUAUGAGUUGGUAAGAAUUCAAACAGAAGGCGAAGAAGAACACUAUGUAGCUACACCUUUGGGAAAAGCCUGCCUUGCAUCAUCCAUGGCACCUAAUGAUGGAUUAUCAUUGUUUUGCGAGUUGCAGAGAGCUCGCCAAUGUUUGGUGCUUGAAACUGAUUUGCAUCUAAUUUAUUUGGUUACCCCAUACAGUGUGAGUAGCCAGUGGGGCAAUAUGGACUGGUUGCAUUUGCUGACUCUAUGGGAGUCCUUGACUAAAGCAAUGAAAAGAGUGGGGGAAUUAAUAGGAGUUCAAGAGAGCUUCAUAAUACGAUGUUUGAGAGGAAAUAAUAAGGCCAAUAAUAUUCAGGCUAAAAUAAAUAUUCAUAAGAGGUUUUACACAGCUUUAGCUCUGCAGGACUUAGUAAAUGAAGUUCCUUUAGCUGAUGUGGCUGCAAAGUUCCAGUGCGCGCGCGGGUUUUUACAGAGUCUUCAGCAGGGAGCAGCAACAUUUGCUGGUUAG